AUGGCUUCAUCAUCACUCUUGUUACUGUCUCGUUGUCGUUAUUUCUUGUUAAAACAGAAUAUUCAUCGUAGUUUCUUGAACCAGAAAGCCCUGUUAACAACAUCGCCGGUAAUUUAUCAAAAAGAAAUAUUUCUAGAAAAUGAACAAUCAAGUUCAGCGCAACCAAAACGACGCUUCCGUUUUUAUAUAUUUUCAACAGCAGCUGGUGCACUUAUAGGCACAAUUUAUGCAUUAGGUCACGUAAGAAAACACGACGGAAUAUCACCAGAAUAUAUAGUAAAUUCAGAUUUACUCGAUCGUCAAGCAAUGGAAAAACGUCCAGUGCCACCACCAGUAACAAAACAUGUCACUUUUAAUCGGUCACCGUUGAAAGAAUUUCCAUACAAAUUAACCUUAUAUCAAUACAUUACAUGCCCAUUUUGCUGUAAAAUUCGCGCCUAUUUGAAUUACAAUCGAAUUCCAUAUGAUGUUGUCGAAGUUAGUAGUGUUUUAGGUCGUGAAGUAAAAUGGUCGAACUAUCAAAAAGUGCCAAUAGUAGUUGUUGAAAAUGAACAAAUACAAUUGAAUGAUUCAAAUUUAAUUAUGUCAGCCAUUGAAUCGUAUUUUCGUAUACCCACAAAAACUUUUAAAGACAUUGCGCGUUUAUAUCAACCGGUUAUUGAACAAGACAAGGGUGGCAACGUAGCAUUCAAUUAUCCAAGUAAAUAUUUUCUCACGGAACCACUUGAAGAUUCAAGAAAAGAUCCGGGUAAACGUAUACAACGAGAAAAAUCGCGUCGUGAUGCCGAUGAUGAGAGCAGCCUCUUCUCAUCAAAGGUGACCGCAUCUGCUAAAUCUUCUCCACGAAGUGAAAAUCGAUUGAUAAAAGCGGUUAGUGGAAUUGUUGGUGGUGGUAAAAGUAACGACAUUGAUUAUGAUCGAAUUCCAAAUGAUCAAUUCAAAUUAGAGAGAAAAUGGCGUCAGUGGGUCGAUGACAAAUUUGUUCAUACACUCGCACCAAAUAUUUAUCAGUCAAUAACUGAAUCAAUAAAUAGUUUUAAAUGGUUCAGUCAAGCUGGUGAAUGGGAGAAAAUAUUUCCAUGGUACCAACGAUUUUUUGUUAUCUAUGGUGGUGCUUUGGCUAUGUACGCAUUUAGUGGAAAAUUAAAACGAAAAUAUAAUUUAAAACCAAAUGUUAGAGAAUCAUUCUACGAUUGUGCGAACGAGUGGUGCAAAGCCGUGGGUAAAAAACAAUUUUUAGGUGGUGUACGACCAAAUUUAGCUGAUAUUAGUUGUUAUGGUAUUUUAACAUCCAUAAAAGGGACUCAAGCAUUUGAAGAUCUAUUAAAUAACACGGACAUUCAACCGUGGUUUGAAAGAAUGACACAAAUAGUUGAACAACAAGAAAUUUUUUCCUUGUUCUGCGCAUUUUUUUGGCUGUUAUCACUAUUAGUAUCGUCUAUGCUAUGGUUUGCUGUUGUACCACUACGCAGUGAACUGGCAUUCGCUGUACCAUUCUCUGUUAUCUUUCAAGAAUUCUUUCGAUAUUUAUUCUAUUUAGUGAUCAAACGAGCUGAAACAGCGUUACAAUCUGUUCGCUUACAAGAAUUGGCAGAAAAAGGAAUGAUAUUCGAUAGAUUUGCUGUCGCAUACGCAUCUGGUUAUGGAUACGGUUUAAUUAGUGGGGCAUUUGCAAUUGUUAACGUUUUGUCAGAUAUGGCUGGACCUGGUACAAUUGGUAUUUCUGGUCAUUCACAAGAUUUUUUCCUGGCUACAGCCUUUUUGACGUUGGUAAUUAUCUUAUUGCAUACAUGUUGGGGUGUUGUAAUGUUCACAUCAUUAGAUAAAAUUGGUAUUCAUCGAUUUGCUGGACCAAUUGUUGUUCUUCUAGCGCAUAUGCUUUUUUCAUGUCUCACAUUAUCAAAUCGAUCCAAAACGCCAACGUAUGCUAUUUCGCUGGUAGCUGGCUAUGUAUUAUUGUUGGUAAUGAUAUUUUAUACGUUUGCAUUAAAAGGUAUCACGUUUAACAGUUUCAGAAGAACAUUAACAAAUCAUAGACGAACAACAACAUCGUUAAGAUAG